AUGGCAGCUCAGAGUUUGAAGAAAACAUGCAAUCUUCUGAUUGUUACAGCUUUAAUCACAAUGAUGUUUUCGGCACAAAUAUCACAUUCGAAUAAUGUAGAUAUGUGUAUCAAACAUUGUGUCUCAAACCAAUGUUUGAAAGAAGUUAAAAACGCUACUUCUACAAUAUGCGAGGAUGCUUGCAAAAAACUUUGCAAUGAUCUACAAAAUGGUAAAGAAAAAUACAUUGUGCCUACUAAAAGCCGGUUUUGCAGAUGGUUUCCUAAUCUGUGUGGUGCUAUUAAUUAAUCUAUAAUCACAAAAGCUCUCAUUGUUUGUUUCUUCAUAUACAUAUGUUAAUCCACUUCUUAUACAAUGUUGUCUAAUUGUUCUCACGUCAGUUUUCUUGUAACAAAUAUGCAUGUUGUCGCUCAUUUUAUAUCUUAAUAAUCCAGCUAAAGGAAUUCAAAUGAUGUAAAUUUAAAUCGCAUUCUAUUGUUUAUCUUCUGGAUCGCUUCACGGUUUAUCUUCCGGAAAUCUGAAACUCCAACCUUGCAAACAACUCUUCAACUCAUAAUUAUUAAAAAGGAAAGAAAAAAAAAUUUCUA